GAUAUUAAUAUAUAUAGUGGUCGUUGGUCGGGCUGGCAUAGAUCAACACUAUCUGUUGUCAAGUUAUUAUUUUCCAAGAAAAAUCAAUGGAAGAAGAUUGGAAAGAAGAGGUGAAAAAUGGUGGAUGCGAGAGAUUACAGGACGCCCUAUAUGAAUGCCACCGACGAAUACCUGCCGGUAUUGCUAGAAAAACAGCAUGUAGCCACCUUAAUCGCGCAUUUGCCGACUGUCUUAUUGGUAUUAUUUGCCCAUCUGAGCUUGAAGCUGUUCGAUCCCUUUGUUCCAGCGGUGGUACUUCUUUGAAGCGUUCACAAUGUCAACAAGCUCGUCUUUCUCUUUCUGUUUGCAUCUCUCAACAUCAAACUGAUGAUCAAUCAUGAUCAUUCAUGAUUAUUAACCACCCAAUUCAAAAAGCCUUUUUGGUUGGAUGUGAAGAAAUUGUGAUCUUUCUCUUGCUGUGAAAACAGGAGCAAUCCUGCAGUAUAUUUCUCGAUAGCACCUCUGCAAGAUUAAGCGCUAGAGAAAUGUCUUGCAAUCACUCGGGGAUAAAAGGCCAAGAUAAGGCGUAGGCUUUGGUUGCUGAGCUUUUAUCCCUGCAUACAAAAAAAUAAACUGAUCUCCGAUGUUAGUACAAGUACUAGAACUGUAAGCAGUUGUUGAACAAUCUGAUCAAACUCUUUAUGUUCGCAGUUUGAGUACAACGCGAUCAAAAUUUCUGUGUUUGCGACUGAUUUUGCCAUGCUAGUGACAAAGCAACUUUGUGAAGUUAAAAGUAGAGCCAUAUAUUUGUUUGUACCCACUGUUUAAUGGAAUGAUAUUUUGCACAAAGAACUAACCAGAUUGUUUGGUAUUUGGCCUGUUAUGUUAUGUAGCAAAAUCACUUUCAUUUGUACUCUCUCUAUGGCUCUAUCCUAAAAUUACAUCCCUUGUGGUUGUAGAUUACUUUUGUUAGUAAGGUGACUGGCACAAGUCAUUGUUUAACGUAGAGUUGGAUAUCUUCCGAACUAGAUUUUAGACAGUUUUUGAUAAUUUGUUUGUACCAAGUAAUUUUUGACAAAAUGUCAUUUUUUGCACGUAGUUUCUGACAUAAUUCAUCUUUUUACUGCAAAUCCCAAUAAUGUAAGGUUGACUACAUAGAUAUUGAAGGUAAAUGGAUAAUUAUAAAAAGAUGAAGAUACCUUGGAACAAUGAAACCUUUUGAUAUUGAUUUAUGGGAGUAGCUAGAUAGAGUAGUGCAUGAGGAUUCAUUGCAAAAUGCCCAACAAAAAGCAAAAGCAUGUAAAAAAACUAAAAAAGUAAAAAA